AUGAAAGUGCAACUGCAAGUCGAAACCGACGCACAAAAAAUUAAACCUCCACCAAAUGUUUAUAUAACAAAAGAUGUAACCGAUGGAUCAAUAAAAAACGAUGGUCCACCAAGUCCGUACGUGGUGCAAUCUCCUGUAGACGGCCAAGUUCAAAAUUCCAUUCCACCUCAAAGUUCCUACAUCAAAGUGCAUAAAAACCUCUCGUUUUCCUAUGUGCCCUAUUUCAACACGUUCCAACAUGGAACAUUGGGCAGAACGGAUAGCUACCUGAUGGGAAUCCUCCAUUUGAAUUAUGAAAAACCAGUUAAUGUGAAAAAUAUUCACCUGAAUAUAAGAGGCUACGAGAAAACGUCGUGGACAAAAACACAGGGUAGAUCAAAGUUAGCGUUCAAAGGAGAACAAGUGGUAAUAAACCAGUCGUUUAAGAUUUGGGAACCGCCAACGAGGGAAGAAGGAGAGAUUCUCAAUUUCAACGUGCCAUUUAAAAUAAAACUGCCUUACAACCUACCAGACACCUUGACCACCAAGAUAGGAUCAGUUUUUUAUAUAUUACGUGCUAUAGUGCAUCUCAAAGGUGGUUUGGUCGCUCCCACACAUACCGUAGAAAUUCUUUGUCCACUUAAGCGCACCAUGGUAUUGAGUAAUGAUAAAGACUUACCUAUGCAGUACCAAGGUGAAUCUGAUAGCGUUAAUUACGCGUUCAUUUUGCCGCCCGGAAAGAACAUAAAUACCGGUGUCUUUGUGUCGAUUCCCAUGAGACUUCGAUUCAUGGUACCUGGUGUAAAUCUCGAAAGGAUUGAGGUAUCCGUCAGAACUUUAAUGAAAUUUAUGUGCAACACCCAAGAAACUUGUAGAUCGGUGAAGCGAUCAGCAGAAGCGAUAGUUCCGCGUCAAGAAUUUAAAUACUUAAAACCCGAGGAGGGUCAGUAUCGUGGGGACUGCAUGGCCACAGUGAAACUUUGGAUUCCAAGAAAAAUAUUUCCCACGUAUUAUGGCCGUUUUAUUACCAUACUACAUAUGCUCAUUAUUAAAUUUGUCGUGGUAAAUGAUAGGAGUGGAAGUCGUCAUCAGAGCUUUCAAGUGGAGGAAAGUAUAAAUAUUGCAAAUAUUCACAAGAAUUUCGAUGUUGAACUACCAUCGGUUCCAGCACCCAUAAGAUUUUUGAAUCCGAAGGCUUUCUCACUCUAUCCUACUACAAGUGAUGAAAGUAUGAACGAUGUGUUUGCGAAGAAUAUACAUCAAAAUUCGAAUGAUACUGAGUCGAUUGUCAGCAUGGAUCGAACGGAUAUUGACGCUGCUUAUGCGAUCGUGAACCAACUUUACUAUUCGCAUAUUAAACAAAAAUCUACUUCUUUAGAUUUGCCUUCGUCCUUUCUUUAUGAUGGUUCCGUGGCAUCAAAAUUUCCACCAAUCGUUCAUCCCUUAUCCGAGAAACCGCCUGUGAAUACGCUGUUCACCACCGGGAUGC